AUGCAAGCCGUUGCCGGUAUUUCUGGUCUUCGUCGACAGGUCUCGCAACGUCGGGAGGUUUCUGUCGUGCAUUGUCCACAGGAUGAACUCUACCUCCAUGAGGCGAACCAGAUCAGUCUCUCGCGCAUAUGGAAUAGGCAAAUUCCUUACCAUGUGGAAUUGUCCAAUAGAAGCGCCCCAAUCGGCGGCAAAGUGCCCAUAGCCGUGCGUAUAGGAUGUUCAGAUAUUUUAUUCAUUGCGGUGCAAAUAUUUUUAGCCCAAAAGAUCAAGUUUCCUGGAAACCCGGCGAAGCAAACGCAAAUACGCAAGAAGCUGCUGCUCAAGUCCAAGUGCAAUGAUCUGUCGACGGGGAAGUUUCAUGAUAAGCUGCCAUCGCUGAAUCUUGACCGGGAGCCCGGCACGACUAUGAUCACAGGCAGUGUGCCCUUACUGGACGAACCAAAGACAACAUUAAAACUCCAUCCGGACGUCAAUUACAAAAAAGUCAAAGCAACUCACUCGAUGCUCUUCGUUAUCGACAUAACUAUCCCCAACUUGGAUCCAUCCACCUCGCAAAAAACCACCAUCUGCCGACUCACAGCUGAAACACCCUUUCGCAUCCGAUCUCCCCGUACGCACACGUAUGACAUGUCUGUUCCCCAGUACACAGAAACACACAAUUCCGCGAUCUACGACAACAUCCUGCCACCCCCAUUCUCUUCUUCCCCGUCUCCUCUGCCACUUUCUCCGCGCUCAUCGCACUCCUCCACAGACACGGAUGAUCCUGAGCUGUCGCGGCGGAAAUUUUCGUCGGUUUCUUUCUCUUCUUCCUGCACUCCAGUCUGCUCCGCAACAGACCAUGUAUGUCCACCUCCGGCGUAUGAGUCAAUCUUCUAG